UUGGAGAAAAGCAACACACACACUCACAUACAUGAACACUAUCUCAUCAUUUCAUUUCAUUUCAUUGAUAUUUUUAUUUGUUCUACACACUACCCACAAACACAAGCCUAGCAAUGGCACUCAGGAUGUGGGCUUCCUCAACUGCCAAUGCACUCAAACUCUCCUCUUCCUCUAGAUUACAACUCUCCCCUCCCUUUUCCAUCUCCAGAUGUUUCUCUACUGUAUUGGACGGACUCAAGUAUGCACCUUCACAUGAAUGGGUCAAGCAUGAAGGAUCAGUUGCCACAGUUGGUAUCACUGCCCAUGCUCAGGACCAUCUUGGAGAGGUAGUGUUUGUGGAGCUUCCAGAACCUGGUGUUGCAGUUACAAAGGGUAAAGGUUUCGGAGCUGUUGAAAGUGUUAAGGCAACAAGUGAUGUAAACUCUCCCAUUUCUGGUGAGAUUAUUGAGGUUAACACUGAGCUCACUGGAAAGCCUGGCCUGAUCAACUCAAGCCCGUAUGAAGAUGGAUGGAUGAUAAAAAUAAAGCCAAGUAGUCCAGCUGAAUUAGAUUCCUUGUUGGGUCCAAAAGAGUACACAAAAUUUUGUGAGGAAGAAGAUGCUGCACAUUGAUUUUAAUUUCAUUAUAUUGAACUGACUGUUUUUAAUAUUGUACUACUAUCUAUCUAUCUAUCAUCUUGUUGUCUAUUUUCUUCCAAUGCAAUAGAAUUGCUUCAAGUUAUUGUUGUUUCCAUGCUUGUUAUUGUCGCCGACACUUCAGUGUGUCAGUCUAUCUAGUUUGUCAUGUAACUAAGAAGAAAAAUCUGUCUUUUCUCAUCUAUCUAUCUAUUAUUUUCACUUCAA